UCCGCUGUGACGGUCUCUCUCCGCUCUGCAAGCAAAGGAUCUUCCACCCCCAGCCCUGUUAUUUGUUAUUUCCCUGAUAUUUUUCGCGCUAAUCCGCAACGUGGAUCCUCGCUACCUGAAAUAUUUUCAUCGGAUGAUAUAUUUUCCCCAUCACGACAAAACGGACUGCUCAUCCUCAUCAUCAACAACACCGCGCGUUUCAGCAGGCAGGCUACAGCAACGCCCAUAGCAACCUCUCUAUGCGCAUCCACGAGCCAUCUGUUCAUUACUGCUUGUUUGUGUCUAUCGUCUCCGUCUCCGACAUCUCUGCUCCGCUGUCGCCCUCUCCCGGUUCCUCCCCCUGAUCCCCCCCUGUCUCGUCUCCAGGUUAGCGACAGGUCUCAUCUUUCGCCUCGCUGCUGGGCACGUAUCCUCCAUCACAAGGCCUCUUCACAGAGAGCAGCUGAUUCAGCUCCUCCCACUUCCUCUGGCUCCUCCCAGCUGUGGCCCCUACUGGGCACGCUCCUUGGCUCUUACCUUAUUGUCCCCGGCCUCAGGACGGAAGCCACGCCCACCACACUCCCUGCAUGAGGGACAAGGCCACUCAGACCCCCAGGGCCUGGGCGGAUGAGAGGAGGCGGGGGAGCCACAAGAGAUCGGCCUCCUGCGGGAGCACCGACCAGCUCAAAGAGAUUGCUAAAUUGCGACAGCAACUCCAGCGCAGUAAGCGCAGCAGUCGUCACCGCAGGGACAAGGACCGCAGGUCCCCCUUCAACGGGAGUCAUGCUGCCAUCAUCCAGUCACAGGCCCAGAUGCCCAAUAAGACCAUCCUGAUCCCCGUCCCCAAGUCGACGGCGCCGCGCUUCAGGAACAGUGUGGAGGGUCUCAACCAGGAGAUUGAACGCAUCAUCAUCCGUGACACACCACAACUACGAGAUGAGGUUAUUAUUCCCCAAGAUGUCCCAGAUGGGCACCGUGCCCCCCCACCCCUCCCCCCCCAGCGCAGCAGCUCCACCCGAAGCAUUGACACACAGACCCCCUCAGGAGGGGGCCUCGGUGGCGGUAAGCAUAGCAACAGCAGCAGCCGGCCCGACUCCAUCUCUCCCUCCUACCUCACCAUCCUCAACGAUAUGGGAGGAGGCAGCCCCUACCCCGCAGAGGAGAAAGAACUGGGUCCCUGCUCACCUCUCCCGAAGUAUGCAGCGUCUCCGAAGCCCAACAACAGCUACAUGUUCAAGAGGGAGCCGCCGGAGGGCUGUGAGAAGGUCAAGGUCUUUGAGGAGUCACUUCCCAGACCCCUCCAGGAGAUUCCUCCCUUCCUGUGUCCGGACCGUAACAAGGUGAACUUCAUCCCUAAGAGUGGCUCAGCCUUCUGCCUGGUCAGCAUCCUGAAGCCCCUGUUGCCCGCCCCGGAGCUCAGCUUCAGAUCAGGGGUUAGCCUCCGCAGCCUGUCCCCCAGCUUGGUGCCUCUGGGUGGGGUUGGCCUGCACAGUCUGUCCCCCUCCAUGAUGCCUCUAGGUGGGGUGGGCCUCCGUAGCCUGUCCCCUUCCCUAGGGGUAUCCUGGGGCACGGUCCACCAGCAACCCUGCCUGCCCAGACACCUGGAGGAACCAGAGAGCUAGAGCACCACACUUCUGCCCCAGAGGACAGACUGCUGAAUAACAUCACAGUCAGAUAAACAUAAUGAACAUAAUACCCUGCUGAUCGAGACGCCUUCGACAUGCUAACUCCCCUGGUCAUAACUGUCCCGUGGUUCGAACUCCACCCACUGGUCCUACCUGGUCCCAACGUUCCACUGAUCCUAUGUACCGAGAGGAGACACUUUUUAUUUUCAUUGCAUUAAACCAUGAAACCUCUCCA